AUGAAAUUAGCCCUUUUACUCGUGGUUGUCCUGCCUUUGGCCAUCUCGACAACUACAACAACUACACGUAGAUCUAAUAACCCACUCCUGAACAGCAUCCUUAACAUUUUCCACGUUAACGAGCUCAAACUCCUGGUCACAGAUUUAGUACAUCAGCUCGGUUCCAACGAGAGGGAGUCAGAAUGUGAGAAGGAAUGUAACACUCUUGUUGACACACAAUUCUCUACUGGAUCUGUUAACACCAUUUCUCACACUGCUUGUCCUCUUGCCUGUCAUUCGCUACAAGAACUCGUCCACUUUUUCCAUAUCCCGACACCUGCACCAGGUUCCUCUGCUUAAAAGAAAGGUGCUAUAAACCUUAGAAGAAUAUGAACAUUUUGCCAUCCUAAUAAAAAACGAAAUCCUAAA